AUAAGGUUUAAGUUUAAUUUUACUUAUAUUUUAAUUUAUUUGUGAUGGAAAAUACAAUUUUAUCUAGGUCUGAAAUUGAAGUUUUUGUCAGUAACCUAAACAUCUCUCAAUUAGAUUCUGUUGGAAGUUUAAGCUGGUUUGAAAACCACAAGAGACUUCACAUGCUCUAUCAAGAGGCUUUGCUGGAAACAAUAAACAACAGCAAUGAAACAAUAAAAGAAACUUUUCUCCUGCAUGGGAAGAUAAAAGAUUUAGUCUAUGAGGCAAUCUGCUUGUCUGUUUGGAGGCUCAAUAUUUUCCCACUACUUUGCAAAGCUGAAAUUGAAAAGGAAAAAGUCUUCCCUGUAUUUGUUGUGCUGUAUCAUGAAGCGACAGCGUUUGGGUUGCUCGAGUCGUUGGCGUUUCACUCAGACUGUGUUGAGAGUCUGCAAGACUCAGCUGUGGAGCUGCUCGACUAUUGUGUGCACAACAUUCUACAAGUUAUUAACAGAGAUGUUCCUCGAGUGCUAAAGGACAAGUUGGGUGACUUGAGUUCUUCAGAAGAACUGAGGCACCAUGAGGCUACCAUUCUGCACAACAUCGGGCUGCGCAGUGUCUGUGUGCUGCGGUACAUCGCAGAGGCUUUUGAAAUACUACCUCUGGGCAUUUCUUCUCGAUUCUACAAUCAUCAUGAUGUUCCGAUGUUGUUAUGCAAAGUCCUAGAACUAUCACCAUGGUACACAUCGGACUUGGACGGAGGGCGGUAUCAAUUCGUUGACGGAAACUGGAAGUCUCGUUAUGAGACUGGAGAAGACGAGCCUUUGAACAAAAGUGAGGGACAAAUAUGGUUAUGCCUUAGACAAGUGUUGCUGGAUCAAAGGUUUCUGCAGUAUUACGAGAUGAGCGACUUCCGCAGACAUCAGCUGUGUAAGCUGAUCAGCUACCUACAUGACGAACUGCUGGACCAGCUGUCUCCUUUGGUAGAGUUGAAGCAUUGGUUGUGUCAGCUGUCUGUAGCUCAGGUGCCACCACCUCAGUCCAGACCUCUUAUACUGGAACUGUACUCUCAGUAUCGAGAGAAACUUCUACAGAAGCACAGUGGCAAUUGGGAGAAGCUGGCAGCUAAACUGGGAAGAUUCCUGGAAAAUCUUGACAUCUCUCAGAUCCAAGACAUUGCAAAAGGGGUGGCCACCGCGUAUCAGACGUUGGACCUGGUGGAGCCUGAGCCUCCCAGGUGUGCCAACUGUGGUCAGCCGGCCGCCAGACGCUGCUCUCGCUGUAAGGCUGCAUGGUACUGCGGCAGGGAGUGCCAAGUGAAGCAGUGGGAAAAACACAAGAUCGCCUGUUUAGUUGUGACACCAUAGAAAAAGUUGUAAGUAACUUUGUCAAAAUGUAUUCCUACAAGUUUUGCAUACUAUAUGAUUAUGUACAUAAUUUGAUUUCAA